GUUUUCUAUUGGUACUUUUAUUAUCAGAGGUACGCAUGACCAAAUCAGAGGAAAAACGAUUAGUAUUUUACUGUACGUGGGAUUUCAUAGACAGACCUGCUACGGAUACAAGUUCUCAGUAUUACCCACAACGUCGACACUAAAACGCCGAAUUUGGUAUCCAUUGGUCUGCGAGCAAAAGAUGUCAUUCCCUCCUCAUCUGAACCAGAUACCCCCAUUACCCCCUGGCAUUUCCCCCACACAGUUUGCAGGGUUCACCACAACUGUCCCUAUAGCAAGUCCAAUAAUACCAGUGCCUGUGGGAAUGAUGCCCCCCUCCACAGCGGUUUUGGUUCAGACUACAGAGCCAGUGGUUCAGAAGCUGGCAGGGCAAGUAAAGGACGUUUUAUCCACUCAUACGAAGGAAACAGAGGAUGGCACAGGUGCCAGCACAGGGCCGACCACUACAGUGUUUGUGGGAAAUAUCUCAGAAAAGGCCUCUGAUAUGCUAGUUCGGCAGUUAUUGGCGAAAUGUGGUUUGGUCCUCAGCUGGAAAAGAGUCCAGGGGGCUUCUGGAAAACUGCAAGCAUUUGGUUUCUGUGAGUACAAAGAGCCAGAGUCCACGCUGAGAGCUCUCCGGCUGCUUCAUGAGCUGCAAGUGGGUGAUAAGAAGCUGCUUGUAAAAGUGGACGCAAAGACCAAAGCUCAGCUGGACACCUGGAAGGCUAGACAGAGGAGAUCAAAUGGAGCUGCUCAGACUGAUGAAGAGACUCAUGAGGAUGAGGAGGACGAGGUUUUGGGUGAGGAGACGAAACGGCGAGAUCAGGUUGUGAAGGGUGCGAUAGACAGUCUACUCCGGGAGUACUCCAGCGAGCUCACCGCCUCCGCACAGGAUGCUGAAGCCCAGCAACGUAAGAAACGUAAAGACAAGAAGGAGGAUGAUAUAAAUGCCAUGGAGUUGGAGGAGGACAAGCGAGACCUGAUUUCCAGAGAGAUUAGCAAAUUCAGAGACACACACAAGAAACUAGAGGAAGAGAAGGAGAAAGAACGACAGCCGAUCGAAAAAGAAAGGAGAGAAAAAGACAAAGAGAGAGAGCGAGAGAAAGAACGACGUGACCGGGAGAGAGAGGAGCGUGAGAGAGAGAGGCAGAAAGACAGAGAAAAGGAGCGAGAAAGAGAGAGAGACCGUGAACGAGAGAGAACGAAAGAGAAAGAGAGAAGUCGCGAUCGCAGUAAAGAUAGAAGCAGAUCAAGGGAGAGUCGAGAAGAGAAGAAAAAAGAGCGAGAGGAGGAUGAGGAGGAAGCAUAUGAACGCCGCAAGCUGGAGCGGAAGCUACGAGAAAAAGAGGCAGCCUAUCAGGAGCGCCUGAAAAACUGGGAGAUCAGAGAGAGGAAAAAAUCAAGAGAUUACAGUAGAGAAGCAGAGAGAGAAGAGGAAAAACAUAGAGAAAUGACAAAAGAAGCCAAGCGCCUGAAAGAAUUCCUGGAGGAUUAUGAUGAUGAUAGAGAUGAUCCCAAAUACUACAGGGGCAGUGCGUUGCAGAAGCGUUUGAGGGACAGGGAGAAAGAGGUGGAAUUAGAUGAGAGAGACCGAAAAAGAGAGAAAGAUGAGCUGGAGGAGAUCAGGCAGAGACUCCUAGCAGAGGGACAUCCAGACCCCGAUGCUGAACUACAGAGGAUAGAGCAGGAGGCAUCGAGGGAGCGUCAGCCUCCUCUAAAGCAGGAACAGAGCGAGAAGAUGCUGGACGUCCCCUGUGAGGAGGAUGAAAGAAAAGGAGUUGCCGAGCAGGAGGCGUGCUCCUCUGACAAUAACAUCACAGACCGAGAGGAAGAUUAUGAGGAUGAUAACAGAGAGGCAAAGCCAUGCCUCAAGCCCACGCUCAGACCUGUUACCACGGCACCCUCCAUCUCUUCCGCCAGCGGCAAUGCCACGCCCCUCUCACCUGGCAGCGAAUCGACCCUGGGCAUCAUUGCUCUGCAUGAGAACUCUUCGCAUGAGGCUCCACCUACAGAGGAGCACAGGCCUAAAAUAGGCCUUAGUCUUAAACUAGGAGUUGUAGGCAGUCCUAAAAUGCCUCAGACAGGAAGACGGAAGGCUCUUACUGCGGUGGACAGUGUCUUUAAUAAAUUUGAUGAUGAGGAGGUGGAGGAAGCACCGAAAAAGAGGAAGCUGGUACCUCUGGACUACAGUGAGGUUGAGAGGGGAGGAUUGAGCCUAGAUGGGACAGAGGUCACAGGGUCACGGCCUGGUGUUAACACAGAAGAAAAGCGGAAACAUAUCAGGAGUCUGAUUGAGAAAAUCCCCACAGACAAACAAGAGCUGUUCAAUUAUCCACUGGACUGGAGCAUGGUGGACAUGAUGUUAAUGGACAGGAGGAUCCGUCCCUGGAUCAAUAAAAAAAUCAUAGAAUACAUUGGAGAGGAGGAAGCCACGCUUGUUGACUUUGUGUGCUCUAAGGUCAUGGCUCACAGCACACCGGCGGGAAUUCUGGAUGAUGUUGCCAUGGUACUGGAUGAGGAGGCAGAAGUGUUUAUAGUGAAAAUGUGGAGACUUCUGAUCUAUGAAACGGAAGCCAAGAAAAUUGGUCUGGUGAAAUAACACGAUGCACUGCUGAAGUGACAGUGUUAGAAAGAAGCAGGAGAGAAUUUGAGGUGACCUGGCUGCUCUCUGCCCUGCUUUAAAGCCUUUCGAUUAAAGUGCGGUGGAUGAACACCACAGAUACAGACAGCUGCACUUCCACUCUUCCUAUACUCUCUACUGUGUGUGUGUGUGUGUGUGUGUGUGUGUGGGUAUGUGUGUGCAUGCAUGUGGAAACUGUGUGUGAGUGUGUCUGCAGAAUUGGCAUGUGUCUGUUGGUCAGACAGAAUUGCCUAAAUUUUGUAAAGGCGCUGCUUUUAUGUUCAGGUUGAAGGGGCAGUUCAUGUUGCCUGGCUGUUUUCAGUUUGACUCCGUUAUAAUUAUUAUUUUAAUUAGAUUUUGUUUAAUUAUUUUUUGCUUUGCAAUUUGUUGAGCAAACAAGUUUAAUCAGGACUCCCACUUGUUUACUGGGAAGUGUGAUGACAUUUUAGAGUGCUGUAUUUAUGAGAAACAUUUAAAUUAAUAUUUUAGAGCCACUACAUGCAAAUGAAGAUAUGGGAAUUUGUUAGAAUGUGGUGUAUUUUGCACAUACCAGCCAGAUGAAGAUCUGUUUCCAUGGUGAUUGUUUUGACUUUGAAAUAUUAAAAUGUUUGAUUUUUAUAAACUGGAAAA